AUGGAUAGCACAACAACGCAGAAAUACUGGAUUGACGUGCAGCUUCGAUGGGGAGAUUAUGAUUCUCACGAUAUCGAGCGAUACGCUAGGGCAAAGUUCCUGGAUUAUACCACCGACAAUAUGUCCAUCUAUCCGUCGCCGACUGGUCUUUUGAUUGCGAUGGAUUUGGCCUACAAUCUCUACAGUGCUUACGGUAACUGGUUCCCUGGAAUGAAACCGCUGAUUCGCCAGGCUAUGGCAAAGAUCAUCAAGGCCAACCCAGCUUUUUAUGUACUUCGAGAACGUAUCCGAAAGGGUCUGCAGCUGUACAGUUCCGAACCCACUGAGCCAUAUCUUACCAGUCAGAACUAUGGAGAGUUGUUCUCUAACCAGAUCAUCUGGUUCGUCGAUGACACGAAUGUGUAUCGUGUAACCAUCCACAAAACUUUCGAGGGUAACUUGACCACCAAGCCUAUCAAUGGUGCCAUUUUCAUUUUCAACCCAAGGACAGGACAAUUGUUCUUGAAAAUCAUUCACACUUCUGUGUGGGCUGGACAGAAACGUCUCAGUCAGUUGGCCAAAUGGAAAACUGCCGAAGAAGUUGCUGCUCUUAUUCGAUCUCUGCCCGUUGAAGAACAGCCGAGACAGAUCAUUGUAACGAGAAAGGCUAUGCUUGAUCCUCUAGAGGUCCAUCUUCUCGACUUCCCUAACAUCGUCAUCAAGGGUUCUGAACUGAUGCUUCCGUUCCAAGCUAUCAUGAAGGUGGACUUCUUUUUUUUUCACUUGGUCGAAAAGUUUGGAGACUUGAUUCUCAAGGCAACUGAACCUCAAAUGGUGCUGUUCAACCUGUACGAUGAUUGGUUGAAGACGAUAUCCAGUUAUACUGCGUUUUCUCGAGUCAUUCUGAUUAUGCGAGGUAUGCAUAUCAACCCGGAUAAGACAAAGGUCAUACUGAAACCUGACAAGACCACAGUCACAGAACCACAUCAUAUCUGGCCAUCACUGGUUGAUGAAGAGUGGAUCAAGGUUGAACUGGCCCUCAAGGAUAUGAUUCUGGCCGAUUAUGGUAAAAAGAAUAACGUAAACGUGGCUUCACUCACCCAAUCCGAAGUGAGAGACAUCAUCCUGGGUAUGGAGAUCAGUGCUCCUAGCCAGCAACGGCAACAGAUUGCUGAUAUCGAAAAACAGACCAAGGAACAGAGUCAAGUGACAGCCACCACGACUCGAACUGUAAACAAGCAUGGUGAUGAAAUCAUCACGGCUACCACAUCUAACUACGAGGCAGCAACAUUUGCAAGUAGGACUGAGUGGAGGAUCAGAGCUAUUUCUGCGACAAAUCUGCACUUGAGAACUCAGCACAUUUACGUCAGCUCCGAUGAUGUGAAAGAUACUGGAUUCACCUACAUUCUUCCCAAGAACGUCCUCAAAAAAUUCAUCACCAUUUCCGAUCUGAGAACUCAGAUCGGUGGAUUCAUGUACGGCAUUUCGCCUGCGGAUAACCCGCAAGUGAAAGAGAUUAGAUGUGUGGUUCUGGUCCCUCAGACAGGAAACCAUCAGCAAGUGCAGUUCCCAACGCAUCUGCCACAACAUGAGUUGCUGAAGGAUUUGGAGCCAUUGGGAUGGAUGCAUACACAACCAAAUGAAUUGCCUCAAUUAUCCCCUCAAGAUGUGACAGCACACGCCAAGAUUCUUUCUGAGAAUGCCAGCUGGGACGGAGAAAAGACGGUGAUCAUCACAUGCAGUUUCACGCCUGGUUCGGUCUCGUUAACGGCAUACAAAUUGACACCGUCUGGUUAUGAAUGGGGCAAAUCGAACACAGACCGUGGAAAUAAUCCAAAGGGAUACAUGCCAACUCAUUACGAAAAAGUGCAGAUGUUGUUGUCCGAUAGGUUCCUUGGUUAUUUUAUGGUGCCUAGCUCUGGAGUGUGGAACUUUAACUUCCAAGGGCAACGCUGGUCACAGUCGAUGAAAUAUGAUGUGUGCUUGGCGAACCCGAAGGAGUAUUACCACGAAGACCAUCGACCUGUGCAUUUCCAUAAUUUCAAGGUGUCCUUCAUCAUCCGUGAUGAAAACGAGCAUCGACAUCGUGCCGCAGUAUCGGCUCUGCAGUAUGACGCUGCAACGGGGCGCCUGUUUUCUGCUGGAAAUGACACAAUAAUACGAAUAUGGAAGGUCCCAUCAGCUGGAACAAAGGAGGCUUGGCCUUCAUCGAGGAAUGGAACUAGUUCUUUAUCACCCAGUCCUCCACAACAUGCGACCUUCAUCCAGGCCAUGGAACAUCAUACAGAUUGGAUCAAUGAUAUGAUACUAUGCUGUAAUGGGCGGUUUUUACUUUCUGCUUCGAAUGACACGACCGUAAAAGUAUGGAAUGCUACCAAACACUUCUGUAUGUCAACUUUGAGAACUCAUAAGGACUAUGUAAGCUGCUUAGCUUAUGCAAAAGAGCAUGAGCGAGCUGCUAGUGCCGGAUACGACCAGUCGGUAUAUCUAUGGGAUAUAGCAACCUUGACAAAGCUGACAACGACAAAUAACACAGUGACAACUUCUUCGCUUAUGGGCUGUAAGAAUAGCAUCUACGCUUUAGCCAUGAAUGAUGCGGGUACGGUAAUAAUCUCAGGAAGCACAGAAAAGGUAUUACGAAUUUGGGAUCCCAGGACUUGUCAGAAGAUAAUGAAGUUAAGAGGCCAUACUGAAAAUAUUCGAUCUAUUGUAAUCAGCCCUGACGGAACGAAGUGCUUGUCUGCAAGUGCUGAUGCUACUGUGCGAUUGUGGGAUCUUGGACAGCAGCGAUGUAUUGCCACUUGUCUAGCUCAUCAAGAAGGCGUAUGGACUUUGCAAACAGACAGAGCAUUCUCAUUUGUAUAUAGCGCUGGUAGAGACAGACGAGUUUUCCGUACGCCAAUUUGCGAUUUCGCACAAAGUCAACUGCUGUUCGAGGAAGAUGCCUUUGUCAAAAGGGUAACUUUCACCACCUCCAUUAUUAAGUGA